AUGCCCAUGUUCUGGCAAACGGCCACGAUGGAGUUCAGCGAGCGCACCAUGACUCCCACCGUCGCCUCUCUUCUCACCGAACUUCGCAGCGCUCGAGCAACGCACAGCCGCGAGGCGGGUUGGCGUGAGACGGGCGGCACGACCUACUGACGCGGGAGGUUGUGUGGGCGUCGCAGCGCACUGCGGGCAGAGGCUGUUCACACACUGCCCCGCCCUGCGCCAGCUGUCGCAUCCGGCGGGGAAGGUGGUGCCGGUGCGCGGGGCCUCUGCCCUGCAUCCGCCGUCGGCAUGCCGCGGGGGGUGCGGCGACGGCGGGAACGCGGCGGCGGGCAGCAGCUGGUGCUGAGCAAGUUUUUCGGAGCGUCGGGGAGAGGCGGAGAGCAGAGUGCUGCCCUGCAGACGGCUUCUGAAUUUGGCACAAGGAGAACAUCGAAUGAAAGCAAUGAACCCUGUGAAAAGAAGACCAAGGUACGACAAAUUACUCUAGAAGACUUCUGUAAUCCACUGAAGACUCAAGAUAAAAAACCUCAGAAGUGUGAAAAGCCCCAUAUAUGUUUGCAAACUCUAGGCAGACUGAGAGAAUUCUGCAGUGAUUCGGACCAGCAAAGUAACAGAUUCCAGAAGAAAGAAUCUCUUAGUUUGGAAAAAUGUCCCAAUAUUAUUGGAAAAAGUUCAGAACUGAAAAAGCCUCUUCAGUCUUGGGACAGUAGCAAAAAGGUUUCUGAGAAGGAGGAGUUACGCUGUGACCUUAACCAGUUCUCUGCAUCUUUUAAGUCUUAUGAAAAUACUCAGAAUACUUCAGAUACAAAUCUCAAUAAGAGAACCAAAAGUAUUUACACUCCACUAGAACUUCAGUUCCUAGAAAUGAAGAAACAGAAUAAAGAAGCUGUUUUAUGCGUGGAGUGUGGCUACAAAUACCGCUUCUUUGGAGAAGAUGCAGAGAUUGCAGCUAAAGAACUAAACAUAUAUUGUCAUCAGGAUCAUAACUUUAUGACAGCCAGUAUACCGAGUCACAGGCUGUUUGUCCACGUGCGGCGACUUGUAGCAAAAGGAUAUAAGGUUGGCGUAAUAAAACAAAUGGAAACUGCAGCACUGAAGGCUGCUGGAGAAAAUAAAAGCUCUCUCUUCAGCCGGAAACUGACUGCUCUUUACACUAAGUCUACACUUAUUGGAGAAGAUGUGAACCCUUUGCUGAAGCUAGAUGUUUCUCUAGAUGUUGAAGACGUAACAACAGAUGUCCCUGAUAACUACCUCCUCUGUAUCUGUGAAAAUGGAGAAAACUUAAAAGACAGAAAGAAAGGUGACAUUGUUAUAGGCAUCAUGGCAGUACAACCAACUACUGGUGAAGUGGUCUUUGACAGCUUUCGGGAUUGUGCAUCUCGCUCAGAAUUAGAGAGUCGGGUUUUGCACCUGCAGCCAGUUGAAAUGAUACUUCCAUCUAGCUUGUCAGAUCAGUCUGAAAAGCUCAUCAACAGUAUAACCUCCAUGAGGUUACGGGAUGACAGAAUUAGGAUAGAAAGGAUGGAAAACCUCUAUUUUGAAUACAGCCGUGCUUUCCAGCUGAUCACUGUUUUUUACACUAAAGAAGUGCCUGGUACUACAGGUCCUCAAAAACUAUCUGUAAUACUAAGCUUGGAUAAGCCUGUUAUUUGCUCUCUGGCAGCAGUAAUUGCAUACCUCAAAGAAUUUAAUUUGGAAAGGAUGCUUUAUAAUCCAAGCAAUUUCAAACAGUUGUCAAGUGAAACUGAACAUAUGACAAUAAAUGGGACAACAAUGAAAAAUCUUGAAAUUAUACAGAAUCAGACUGAUAUGAAAACAAAAGGAAGCCUACUCUGGGUCUUGGAUCAUACUAAAACUUCCUUUGGACGUCGAAGAUUGAAGAAAUGGGUAACCCAGCCCCUCAUGAAAUGCAGUGAAAUCAAUGCCCGUCUUGAUGCUGUGUCUGAAAUUCUGCUGUCAGAAUCCAGUAUGUUUGGUCAGAUUCGAAAUCUUCUUUUUAAGCUGCCAGAUAUAGAAAGAGGCCUCUGCAGUGUUUUUCACAAAAAGUGCUCAACCCAAGAGUUCUUCUUGAUAGUCAGCACCCUGUCUCGCCUGGACUUGGAGAUUCAAGCUCUUGUUCCAGUCAUACAUUCUUAUGUGAAAACUCCUCUAUUACAAAAUGCACUGUUGGAAAUCCCAGAACUUCUCUCCCCAGUGAAACAUUAUUUAAAGAUCCUUAAUGAAGAAGCAGCCAAGACUGGAGAUAAAACCCAGUUGUUCAAGGACCUUACAGACUUCCCUGUCAUCAGAAAGAAAAAAGAGGAGAUUCUGGAUGUGCUUUCUAAAAUCCAACUGCAUCUGCUGGACAUUCGUAAACAGAUCAAGAACCCUUCUGCAGAAUAUGUUACAGUUUCUGGUCAAGAGUUCACGGUAGAAGUCAAGAAUUCCCAUAAAUCAUCUGUGCCAUCUGACUGGGUUAUGGUUAGUAGUACAAAAACUGUCAGCCGUUUCCACUCUCCUUUUAUUAUAGAAAAUUACAGACAUCUGAAUCAGCUCCGGGAGCAGCUAGUCCUUGACUGUAGUGCUGAAUGGCUACGAUUUUUAGACCAUUUCAAUGAACAUUAUCACCCUCUGUCUAAAGCGGUUGGUCACUUAGCAGCUAUUGACUGCCUGUUCUCAUUGGCCCAGGUGGCUAAACAAGGAGACUACUGCAGACCAACUGUGCAAGAUAACCGGCGAGAAAUAAUUAUAAAAAACGGGAGGCACCCUGUGAUUGAUGCAUUGCUGGGAGAGGAGGAUCAGUAUGUUCCAAAUUCCACUAACCUCUCAGGGGAUGGUGAAAGGGUCAUGAUAAUAACUGGACCUAACAUGGGAGGAAAAAGCUCCUAUAUAAAGCAAGUUGCAUUGAUCACAGUCAUGGCACAGAUUGGUUCUUAUGUUCCUGCAGAGGAGGCAACAGUUGGUAUUGUGGAUGGUAUUUUUACCAGAAUGGGUGCAGCCGACAACAUUUACAAAGGCCGAAGUACCUUUAUGGAAGAGCUGACAGAUACUGCUGAGAUAAUAAGAAAAGCAACUUCAAGAUCACUAGUAAUUUUGGAUGAAUUGGGAAGGGGAACUAGCACACAUGAUGGAAUUGCUAUUGCUUAUGCUACACUUGAACAUUUUAUUAGAGAUGUGGAAUCAUUGACACUGUUUGUCACUCACUAUCCAUCAGUUUGUGAGCUAGAGAAGGUGUAUCCAGAGAGAGUUGGCAAUUACCACAUGGCUUUCCUGGUGAAUGAGGGGGAAAGUGCUGAACAAAAAGGAUCUGAAGAUGAAGAGAAUCCUGAAUUUAUCACUUUCCUUUAUCAGAUAACGAAAGGAGUCUCUGCAAGGAGUUAUGGACUAAAUGUUGCCAAACUGGCAGAUAUUCCUGAAGAAAUCUUGAAGAAGGCAGCUCACAAAUCAAAGGAGUUGGAGGGGACAGUGAAUAUGAAAAGAAAAAAGCUGAAGUCCUUUGCUGAAGUAUGGAAGAUAAAUGAUUCUCAGGAACUACAAAAAUGGAAAAGUAUGUGUAAACCUGAAGGUGAAAGAAAGGACAGAUUUUAAGAUUCACAUCACGCUUGAAGAGGGAAAAUAUUUGAGAUGCAAAAUGUAGGUCUGGAGACUAUAAAAGAUCCCAUCAGGGUGUAGUUGUAGGUGCGUUAAUUUGACUUUUUUGUAUUUUGAGAGAUAAGAGAGCUGUGUCAUGAUAUGAUGCCCCACAUCUGCUUCUUGAUUGUAUGCAUUUUCUCACUCCACGUUCCUUCCCUGAAGUGUUUUCCACACUUCCCCUUAUUUGCAAAAUGUUUACUGGCAUUGGAAUUAGUUUGUAAUAUUUUUAGGAAACAUGAAAAAUAAUGUUGCUAAAUUAUUAGGUGGAUCUUUUAUAAAUAAAAUCAUGUCUUUUAACUUUAUUGUACUUCAGUUUCUAAAGAGAUACUCCUCUGCAUCGGGAAAAUGUAGCAGUCUUGACUGUGCUAUAUACUUCUGUGCAAUCGCUAAGAAUAAAUAUGAUGAACUUUUUUUGUGUUCUAGUAUUAACAAAUUAAAAAGUUCACAAUUCUGUAGAGCAUCCUGAA